UGAAUAUGUGGGAGGAGCGCGUCCGCCCACAAAAGCCACAGCUAUCUCCCCGUUAUCGAGCCCAAUUGUGUACGAAUUAAAGGGAAUAAGCUCAAAACACAAACGCUGGUGGCGGCUCGCUCUAGUUGCGCGGCGGACGGCGACGAGACGUCCGCGCGUCGUGUGGCGUCGGGGGGGGAAAAAAAGCGGCGGGGGACGGAGAGGCAGGAGCAGCGAGGAGGGUGUUGUCCUGAUGCUUAAAUGGAAGUGGGUGGGCCUCCACGGUCACACACCGCCAACUUCUCUGUGGACAUCGCUCUGACAAGCACAAAUUAGCUCGUUUAUGGACUGCCUGUCCGGCGAGAGCGACAGAAGACGAGGGCUGCGAGGAGUCCGGCGGCGCGGAGACGGUCGCGGCGCGCGCUGUUGUUUCCGUUAUUUUCGGGGGGCUGCUUGAUUGUGCCUUCGCUUGGCACCGCCCUUCCUGGCUGGUGGGUGGUUUCGUCAAACGGGCUGAUCGGCUACGGCCCAGAGUCGAACAUAUAGGCCGUCCUCCGCCUCCGUACCCGGCCGGCCUUCUACCGUGAACUACACCCUCUCCCUCUCGGUAUAUUAAUGCGUUAUGAGUGACUCGAAGAAGGAAUCAUCUGGAACAGAAGGAGGGAAAGCAUCUAAACGGGGCAAAAGUUCAGGAACACAGGAUUCCUCUCAGCCAUCUCCAUUGGCUCUGCUAGCAGCCACCUGCAGUAAGAUCGGAGGGCAAGGGGGAGCAGAGGGGUCCCAGGCCCAGGCGGGUGCCCAGCAGAUCCAAGUCCAGGCUGGUCAAAUCCAGCUGCAGGCAGGUCAGCUUCAGGGUCAGAUAGUGGUGGACGCAGCCGGGGGCCAGGCCCUGGUGCCCCAGCAGCUGGAACUGGUCCCCGCUCAGUUCACGGGGAACGGCUGGCAGAUCAUUACAGCAGCUCCAACCAUGGCCAAGGAGAACACCAGUCAGCCUGUUGCCGUUACAGUGGCCACCACUUUGGCCAAUGACAGUUCACCUGGAGGACGCAAGGUGAAAACCACAAGUGGCACCAAUAGUGUCCCAGCCAAUCAGCAGCAGCAGCAACAGCAGCAGCAGCAGCAAUUCCAGAUCAUCCAGGUUCAGAACCUGCCCAAUGCUGGAGGCGGCGUCCACUAUCAGGUCAUUCCUCACCUGCAGACUGCGGAUGGACAGCAGAUUCACAUCAACCCCCAGCCGGCCUCCAUUGGGGCCCUGCCUGAACAGGUUCAGCUCAUCCAGACCCCAAACUCAGGCCAGACCCAGGCCAUCCUGCAGCCAGCCAACCAGCAGGCUAUCCUACCAAGCACAGCCAAUCAGACGGUCCCGCUGCAGAUCCGUCCUUCUCAGACUUUCCCAAUUCAGCUGCAGACUCUGCAGGGCUCCCAGACUCCUGUUAUGACCACUGUGCCCAUAAAUCUAGGUGGCAUGACCCUGGCUUUGCCGGUGAUCAACAACGUUGGCGGGAGCGGGGCAGUGCAGCUCAUCCAAUCAGCAGAUGGCACAUUCUCUGUUGCUAAUGGCAACCAGCUGGUGACAACAGCGGUGACAGGAGGAGGUCCCGCUGCAGCCGGCACUGGGUCAACACCUACAGUAACCGAAGGGGACAGCGGGUCUGAUGGCACUCAGGGGGUUUCUGCUUCCCCUGAGAUUGUCCCCGAUAACACCCAAGUACAAAGCAACGAGGCAGACUCCCAGAACCAGGCCAAUGGUCUCCAGAACCAGUCAGAUUCGGCAGGAACCAUCCAGCAAGUGAUCGUGGGCCAGGUGGGGCACCAGCUGGUGCAACAGAUCCAGCUGCAACCCCAGGCCCAGAGUCAGGGUCAGACACAGAACCAGCAGCAACCACAACACAUCCAAACCCUCCAGCUGGCACCAGGACAAACUCUACAACCAAUUCAGGCCUUCCAGAACCCAGCGCAGGUUCUUAUCCGUGCUCCAACCCUGUCAUCCUCUGGGCAGAUCACCUGGCAGACCCUGCAGCUGCCUGGGGGAGUCUCUUUACAGGGCAGUCUGGGGGCGGCGGUGCCACAGCAGCUAACCCUGGCGCCAGUGGCUGGUGGGGCAGCGGUAGGGAGUGGGGGACUGGUGUCCCUGAGUGGAACCCCACUGACGCUGAGCGCGGCCCAGAUCAACCCAGGUUCUGGUGUGCAGACGGUCAGCAUCGCAGGACUUGGCACAGCGGGGGUUCAGGUGCAGGGUGUACCUCUCACCAUUACUGGUCUACAGGGUCAACCACAGGGUCAGGACACGGUUAAAGUUCAGCCCACUCCUGUGACAGUCACUGUUGGCAGCGUGGCCUCAGGUUCAUCGGUGAGUCCAGACCAGCUGGGCUCUGUUCAGAGCUCAUCGGACCAGGAGGGACUGCCCAGCAAGAGGCUGCGACGCGUCGCCUGUUCCUGUCCAAACUGCAGGGAUGGAGAGGGAAGGAACAGCAGUGACCCCACAAAGAAAAAGCAGCACAUUUGCCACAUGGAGGGCUGCGGGAAGGUGUAUGGCAAAACGUCUCACCUGAGGGCCCACCUGCGCUGGCACACUGGCGAGAGGCCGUUUGUCUGUAACUGGAUCUUCUGUGGGAAGAGGUUCACCCGUAGCGACGAGCUGCAGAGACACCGGAGAACGCACACGGGAGAAAAGCGUUUUGAGUGUCCUGAAUGCUCCAAGCGCUUCAUGCGCAGCGACCACCUCUCGAAGCACAUCAAGACACACCAGAACAAGAAGGGCGGUGCCGCCGUGGCCAUCAUCACCACUGACGACAUGGAGGAGGACCCCCCCGAAUGCCUGGCCGAAUCCCCCCAGAUCGUCUCAGUGGGAACCUUGACGCGGGACUCUGAGCCCGCCACACCCACAACCUCCAACCACCUGGAGGAAGGAGAGGAAGAGGAGUUCGAAUAGACAAAUCGAAGGCAGACUUCCUGUUUUUUUUUUUUGUUUGUUUGUUUGUUUGUUUGUUUGUUUUUUUUGGAGGUGUUUGCAGGGACUUUUGCAUAAUUUUCAAAAUUGUUUUCUUAAAGAAGAAAAUCGUAGUCUUAUAGAAGGGACUUCAAAGAGGAUCAUGUAAUGAUCAUGAAAUGGGGAAAAUAUAUAAAUAUUACAAUCUGAAGAAAACUAACAUAAUGAGAGAUUAGUUUGGCUUUUAUGUAAUAUUCUAUAACAUUUCCAUGUGCAUUAAAGGGGGACAGAAUGUAAGUAGACGAGCACAAGACAGGGGGACCUGAUGAAACUAAAACCAUCCAACGGUGAGAGGCAUUUUCCUAACAAGAAUCUAACUCUAUGCACAACGCUGUGUUCCUGUUUCAUACCUGUCUGACAGUGCUGGGGGUCAAUCAUGGUACAGGGCGGUUGCAGAGUGCCAGCAGCGCAGGCGCAGUCUGGGAUGCUGUGUGUGUGUGCGGGUGGGUGUGUUUUCAGCUAUGAUCUGCAUGAAUGGGUGUGUGCUUGUGUGCCCACGCUGCUCCAAAGAGGAUCUACCGUAUUUUUCGGACCAUAAGGCGCAGAGCGAACUAACGUGUCUUUGUGCAUCUUUGUCCACACAUAAAUCGCCCCACAUUAUAAGCCUCACUAAAUAUUCUUCCCAUGUGUGUAAUAUCACUCUGCCCCUUCACGUACACAGCUCUCUCAUGACAGUCAAGUCUUUUAGACAGUUCAGAAGUCUGAUCAGGUAGUGAAAAUAUCCAUUGAGCGGAGCAGCUUUGUUGCUUACCAAAAUUGCACACAUUUUAACAGAUUUUUGAACGCAU